GUUCCUGCAGGCUCGGGCCGCAGUUCUGUGAGAAGAGGAUCUGAGCAACUAACCAACCGAGCUAACUAGUCCUCCAGUCUCCACUGAUCUCCACCGAUCUGCAGCUGCUGGAUCCAGACCGAUCGACGACAUGGGAAACUGUCAGCCGACGAUCGUGCCUUACGAGGACUUCGAUGUCAUGAUGGACAUCAAAGCCAUCCGCAAAGCCUGCAAAGGGUUCGGAACUGAUGAACAGGCCAUUAUCGACAUCCUGGCAAACCGCGGCGCUUUCCAGCGUCAGGAGAUCAAACAGGCUUAUUGUGACAAGUAUGACGAUGAGCUGGUGGACGUGUUGAAGAGCGAGUUGACCGGAAGCUUCGAGAAGGCCAUCAUCGCCAUGCUGGACACGCCCCUCGUCUACGCCGUGAAGGAGCUGAGGAAGGCCAUGAAGGGGGCGGGGACCGACGAAGACGUCCUGGUGGAAAUCCUCUGCACCGCCACCAACGAAGACAUCGCCAUGUUCAAGGAAUGCUACUUUCAGGUGCAUGAACGGGACCUGGAAGCAGAUAUCGAGGGCGACACGAGCGGAGACGUGAGGAAGCUCCUCACCGCUCUGCUGCAGGGCGAGCGAGACGAGAGCUACGAGGUGGACGAGGAACUGGCAGAAGAAGAUGCUACUUCCCUGUUCGAGGCCGGAGAGGGCGGCUUUGGGACGGACGAGUCGACCUUCAGCCACAUUCUGGCCUCCAGGAACUACCUGCAGCUCCAGGCCACGUUCAAGUCAUACGAGCAGCUCUCGGGAACUGAAAUCCUGGACGCCAUCCAGAACGAGACGUCUGGGACACUGAAGAAAUGCUACGUUGCUCUCGUCCGAGUCGCUAAGAAUCCUCAGCUCUACUUCGCCCGGCGUCUGAACAAGGCGAUGAAAGGAGCAGGAACUGAUGAGGACACGCUCAUCCGCAUCAUCGUGUGUCGCGCUGAGUUUGACCUGGAGACCAUCAAAGACCUGUACCUGGAGAAGUACGACGUGUCCCUGAAGGACGCCCUGAGGGACGAGUGCGGUGGCGACUUCAAGCGCCUCCUGCUGGCCAUCUGCCACUGAGGGACGGGAGGUGAAAGACGGAGACGGCAGAAGACGUGUGUCCCGACGUCGCUGCUGUCCUCUGUCGACACACACUAACAAACACUGCUCGGCCUCCAUGUGACGUGGGAGCAGGAGGGUGGAGCUGACGGAGGAAGUCACCCGGCUUCAUGUCUCGUCCAAACUGAGCGCAUGUGGGUGACUCUGUGUUUUUACUUUCACAGAUAUCCAAGUGUAUUUCCUUUUCUAUUACCGUGUCCGUCAAUCGCUGCCAGUUUCCUAUCGUCUGUUUUUAACCUUUCACUUCUUAACACCUUUCCCAGCAUUUUACACAGUGACGAGUUAUUUUCAGUCACUGUAAACAAGCACCAAAUUUUAUUAUUGGAGUGAACUGCAGUCAGGCUGAUGUGAUUGUACCGAUGUGAUCAGGUGAUUCAAGACUUGGUAGAAUGAAUCUAAUCUAAAGCUAAAGCCUGAGUGAGACCUGCUGCUGCAAAUAUACCAACUACACAGGAGUAUUAAAGAAAAGAGAAGAAGACAGUUUCUUAUUUUGUAAUCUGAGAAUUAAGUUAAAAUGUGGAGAAUUGAAGUUGAGGAGGAGAAACACAGAAGAAAUGUACUUUUUCAAAUAUGGCAUUUCUAGAAUAAAGUAAAAAUGUUAACAAAUAAGUCUAAAUCUCAAGAAAUUUGUCAAUCAUGAUGUUUCAAUUGUUUUUUUAUAAGAUUAAAUAACUAAUUAAAACCAAAAUAACAGAACAUAUCUUUGAGAAAAAACAUUUAACAUGCACUUUUCCCUUCUUCUAACAUGGGGGAGGUUUAGGACCUAUACUGCAGCCAACCACCAGGGGGCCAGUCAUGUCGUCCAUCUUUAGGUACAGUCGAUGUCCUGGCCCUUAAACUCUCCCAUUACUUACAAUUCAUACUAUAGUGUUAUAUAUUUACCAUCGUAUAAGUAUUACACCGUCUUUUACAAAAUAAUUCUUUAUUAAUGCCUAGUUAUUUCCCCCGGGGCCGUUUCCUUUCACCCUCUAACUUCAGUGACUGUUAAACUUUGUCUGCUGUUAAAACGAUGGAAGCUUUGAAUUGAAGAAAUGUGAACGUGUGUUUGGAGGAAGAUCAUCCGGGAUCAUGAAGGAAAUGAGCCGUUAUGUGAAUGGAAGAGCGGAGAGAAAACAGAUGAUAUAUUUUAUUAGUUGCUUAUUGAGAGAAACUCUAUAUUGAUUUACGAUAUGUUGCAUUUUUAUCCAGUACAACUAUAAAAACUUGACAAAUCCAAAUAAACCUCAUCUUGAUGUGAUUUUUUUUUUUAAAUUCACGACUAACACAGUAGAUGUUUUAAUAUAUAACUUUAUUUAGCGGACUGUUUCAAGUAGGCCAGAGGUUAUAUACCAGAGGAGAAACCUGAUUCAACGUCUGUUUCUUUUGUGUCUAUAUGAGGCAGCUGAGAUUUGUUGAAAUGACCACUAUUGUAAACAGUUUGCAAAAGUAGAUACACAAGUAAAUGACGUCAGUGUGGUCGUGGGAUUAUUGUUUCACUCUCUGUAGCCAAAGACUUUUAGUUUAACUGCAAAUAAAAAGGCCUGUAACUACA